CACAGCUUUACCCAAACUACUGAAUAGUCACUCAGGCGUAGGGAAUAUUAGCAUGCCAACGCUUUUCCAGCGGGAAAUUAGUAGCGGCGCACCUGAGGGUAUUGAUUGAAUGUUGAUAAUCGCAGUGUCUUCAUUUUUUGCCGACUAUUCUGUUUUUAUCCACCAUUUAGACUGACGACUGUUACGUAAGAUAAAAGGAUCCAUAGCUGGACGUAAACAAUCUCAGGUAAUAAAAUGGAUGAACGUGCCAAUUUAAUGAAUAGGAUGAAACUCAGCAUCAAGGUCUUGAUCCAGUCUGCUCUAAACCUUGGCCGAAGUAUAGAUUCUGAGUAUCCACCUCUCCAGCAAUUUUUUCUGGUUAUGGAGCAUUGCCUUAAACAUGGACUUAAAGUAAAGAAAACAUUUAUGGCACAAAAUAAAUCUUUUUUCGGUCCACUGGAACUAGUGGAAAAACUUUGCCCCGAAUCAUCCGAUUUGUUUGCAAAUAUAAAAAAUCUUCCAGAGCUAAAAACAGCUAUUGGGAAAGGAAGAGCUUGGCUUCACCUUGCACUGAUGCAAAAAAAGCUGGCCGAUUAUUUGCAAGCUCUUAUAGACCAUAAAGACCUGCUAAGUGACUUUUAUGAACAAGAUGCUCUAAUGAUGGAGGAGGAAGGUGCGGUAAUCGUAGGACUGCUUGUGGGACUCAACAUGAUUGAUGCAAAUUUAUGUCUUAAAGGAGAAGAUUUAGAUUCCCAGGUUGGAGUAAUUGACUUUUCUUUCUAUCUUAAGGAUAUGCAGCCAAAUGAUAAUGAAAAACAAAGCGAUGAAAUUGUAGCUGUUCUUGAUCAAAAACAUUAUGUUGAAGAGCUUAACAGACAUUUAAGUUGCACUGUUGGUGAUCUUCAGGCAAAAAUUGAUUCUCUGGAGAAGACAAAUUCAAAGUUGACGGAAGAGCUCCUUGCUGCAAAAGAUCGUAUUGUGUCACUACAAGAGGAACAUAAUAACAUGGUACACGAGAGUACAGUAAUUCGGGUAAAGAGUGAAAGAAGUUUAGAGGUAAAUUCUCAGGAUACAAAAGUUGAACUGGACACCUACAAACAAUCUCGGCAAGGACUGGAUGAAAUGUAUAAUGAGAUCUGGAAGCAACUAAAAGUCGAAAAACAAACACGGCAGGAACUGGAGAAAGAGUUUGAAUUGCAGGUUGGUAUGAAGACAGAGAUGGAAAUGGCCAUGAAACUCCUGGAAAAGGAUAUCCAUGAAAAACAAGACACUCUGGUUGUUCUCCGUAAGCAGCUUGAUGACGUAAAAGCCAUUAAUCUUCAGAUGUGCCAAAAAGUUCUUGAUGCAGAGACAGCCCUGCAUAAGAAAAAAGAAAUUGUAAAUUCACUACAAGCAAAAGGAGAUCAGUUGACAACAGCACUAAAGCAAGUAGAGGAAAGACUGCAAAAAUCUGAAAAGGCUAGAGAAGCAGCUGAAGAAAAUUGCAAUAAAAUGAAAAUGGAGCAUGCGGCCAAAAUGGGAGCAUUACAGCAGCAAUUUGAAAAGCUUAAUAAAACAUGCACAGUUUUAGAGAAUGAUCUGAAAUCGGAAAGGGAAAAACACGAGAGUCUUCAGGACAAACUUCACAAAGAGAAAGAGACUGCAACAUCUUUAAAGAAUGAGCUGCAUCAGUUCUCAAUGUUACAGAAGAAUUUUGAUAAUUUGCAACUAGAAAAGAAGCAGCUUCAGAGGUUAUGUGCUGAACAGGAACAGGCUUUACAAGAAAUGGGUCAACAUCUCAGCCAAUCAAAAUUAAAAAUGGAAGACAUUAAAGAAGUCAACAAGGCACUUAAGGGGCAUGCAUGGUUAAAGGACGACGAAGCAGCAGAAUGCAAACAGUGCAAUAAAGAAUUCUCAAUUUCACGAAGAAAGCAUCACUGCAGAAAUUGCGGCCACAUCUUUUGCAACUCCUGCUCAAGCAACGAACUGUCGCUGCCGUCGUACCCAAAGCCUGUGCGCGUUUGCGACACUUGCCAUAACUUACUGCUUCAGCGAUGUUCCUCAAACUCCUCGUAAACUCCCGCAGCUCCAUCUGAAUGUCACACUUGCUUAUUCUUGACAGAAAAUGGACGAGCCAAUGUAUUUUCUACAUCUUUUGGGUAAUUCUCAAUUGCUUGAUGGAGGUGAUUCUAAAAUCUAUAUUUUUGGUAAUUGUUCAGUGUAAUAAUAUGUCUUAUAACCUUACAAUGAAAUAAACAUGUCCUAACAGUUCUUGUAUUUACGGUUACAUAACACUCAUUUUCAUGGCGCCAAACUUUUUAUGUUUUUACUUAACAUGAGAGCAGUCCUUACAAUAUAGAUUUCUAGUAUUAUAGGUGACAAAUGAAGAACCAUCCACUUAUAUAGUACAGACUGAUUGCUAAUUAAAAAUUUACUUUAGAAAGGCUUUUGGUGCCUUACCUUCUGCAAGACCACGAUUACUGUGUAUGGAGGUAUAGAUUGGUCCCAGUAUUUGCAGCAUUAAGAACGGUAAAGUCAACUUCUCUUCUCUCAAUAUAUAAAUAUAUAUAUAUAUAUAAAAUGUUUUUUUCUGCAAAAGAAAAGGCACCAUAAGAUAUAGAGAUAUUUAAAGUAUAUAUUCCUGUAACAAAUUGAAGCAAAUGAUUAAUUUUCUGUAAUGUACAAUACUAUUUUGUGGCAUUUUUGUGUUCUCUAAAAUUGUUUCCAGAAACCUGUCUAAAUCAAUGUGCCUUUGUUUUAACUUUGACAUCACUUAAAGCCAAUACACAGACUGCAUUUCUGUAAAAGCAUUGUUUGAUACCACAGUGUAAAGGAAUAAAAUGCUUUUUCACUAAUGAAA